UAUUACCUGCAUUACCUGCAUGACUUGUAUGUUCCCAGUUGCUUUGACGAUGGGAGGGCCAAUCAGAAGACAGGCCGCUCAGCCAGAGAAAACUGUCCCCAUUGGAGGAAAUGUCACCUUGCUGUGUCCCCAUUUCCCCAACGAUACAUCUGUAUGGGUGUACUGGAAGAAGAACGAUCUCACUGUCUACUCUCUCGAAGUCAAGAGUAAUACCCCAUGGACAAACGAUACCAGAUAUGAGGGCCGCGACCAUGCUACUCGUCUAACGAUCAAGGACCUCAAGAAGACAGACAGUGGAAUAUACCACUGUAAAGUGGCGACACUUCUCUUCAUUAAGGAACGUGGCCAUGUACUGCUAUCUGUUACAGACCAAGAGAUAGGACUUUCCACCACUUCUCCAGGUGUUCCCUCUAGAGCUCCUACGACGAUACCACUGCAGGCUGCUAAUUUUUCUAUAAUCUCCGUAGCCUUCUCAAUAUCUCUCCUCUUCAAUAUCAUCAUUAUCACUUUGUGUCUUAUUUUCAAGUACCGGAAACAGUUCCCGAGAGACACCAACACACUUCGCAAUAUACCUGAACCUCCUCCUACUGAAAACCAGACUUCAUCUUUUACCAUAGAAGAGGUUAAAGCUGCGAUCAAGGCUCUAAAGAAUAACAAAACAUCUGGAUUUGAUAACAUAUCAGCUGAAACACUGAAAGCUGGUGGUCCAGCAAUGGCACAGAUCUUGCUGAAGAUCAUCAACACUGCUUUUACGCAAGGCAAGACACCAGUUAAGUGGAGCAAAGGCCUUAUUACCCCUGUGCACAAAAAGGGGGAUAAACAGACCCGGCUAACUACCGAGCCAUAA